AAGUUGUUGAGUGGAAAGCGGAACUUUCGAGCCCCCAGUGUAUGAACCAGGUCGGCACUUCAUGCUGCGACACACAGCAGAAGUAAACAAACGCAAGCCCGCGAGUUUCGCUGAGCCUCUGUUACCGCUAGCAGUACUAGAUUGUAUUGUUGGGCGUCUUUUCAACGGUUAUUGAGUCAGCAACGAUGUCUGAAGGGGAUAGUUUGAGAGAACUGAUCACAGAGAGACUAACGGCUGCUGCUGAAGACAUAUUUGAGCUGGUUAAAACUACUAUCGUCGAGUACAAGGAGGAGCUCGAGCAUCAACGGAAACUGCUGGAAAUAUUCUUGAACCCCGAAGUCUACUUACACCGAAUAGAUGUGCCACAGCAACUUUUGCGUAAGGAAGAGGAGGUUCUGCCUGACCAGCAGCUCUGUAACCAGGAUAGAAACUCCAGUCCACACCAAGAGAAGGCAGAGCCUCCAUGGAUUAAAGAGGAACUAGAGGAGCCCUGCAGCAUUCAGGAGGGAGAGCAGCUUGAACUGAAGGAGGAGACUGACACGUUGACUCCUGUUCAUGAGGAAGGAGACCACAGUGAACCAGAACAGCAGGAACACCUGUUCACUCACAACUUCUGUGAGGCUGAGGAUCAAGAAUCAGCUAGAAACUCAGAGCCCAACCCUCUCAGUAUAAUUCACCAAAGCAGUCACAUCUCUGACUUGUCAGGGAAUCAUGGUGAUUCUUUCAAAAGUGACUCAUGUGGGGAAGGUUUACAGACACAUCAGCGUGUCCAUCGUGAUACAAAAAAAUAUUCUUGCAAGACAUGUGGGAGAAUGUUCAGUAGGAAGUCAUCAUUGAUGGCUCAUGUAAAAUAUCACAUAGAUGACAGCCUUUAUUCUUGUAAAACAUGUGGAACAGAAUUCUCUUCCAUGGACGAGCUAAAAAAGCACAAUGUUGAGCACACAGGUGAAAAGCCUUUUUCUUGCACAGUAUGCAGCAAAUCUUUCAGACUUGAGAAAAACCUGAAAAUCCACAUGGGGACCCACACAGGAGAGUUGCGGUUAUCCUGUAGCAUCUGUGGAGAAAGCUUUUCUCAGUGGUCGUUCCUGUCCAUGCACCUUCAAACCCACGACACUGAGAAGCCUUUUAUGUGCAAAACGUGCAACAAAUGUUUCAUUUCUCAAAACGAACUGGAAAUCCACAUGAAAACCCACACAGCUGAGAAGCCUUACUCCUGCAGCACCUGUGGGAAAAGAUUUUUCAAUAUUUCAGCCUUGAACCACCACAGUCGAAAUCACACAAAGCCCUUUUCUUGCAGAUUUUGUCAAAAAGGUUUCAGAGAUAGAUGGGGCCUGACAAAACACGAGAGAACACACACAGGUAAGAAGCCUUACUCAUGUAGCACCUGUGGGGAAAGAUUCUUUCUGUAUUCAGCCUUUAAACAACACAUUCGAAAUCACACAAAGCAGUUUUCUUGCAGUUUUUGUCAAAAAGGUUUCAGAGAUAGACAUGACUUGACAAAACACGAGAGAACCCACACAGUUGAGAAGCCUUACUCUUGCAGCACCUGUGGGAAAAGAUUCUUCAAGAAUUCAGCCUUGAAACACCACAGUCGAAAUCACACAAAGCCCGUUUCUUGCAGAUUUUGUCAAAAAGGUUUCAGAGAUAGAUGGGGCUUGGCAAAACAUGAGAGAAUACAUGCGGGAGAGAAGCCUUACUCCUGUAGCACCUGUGGAAAAAUAUUCUUUCAGUAUUCAGCCUUGAAACAACACAGUCGAACUCACACAAAGCCGUUUUCUUGCAGUUUUUGUCGAAAAGGUUUCAGAGAUAGACAUGACUUGACAAAACACGAGAGAACACACACAGGUGAGAAGCCUUACUCCUGCAGCAUCUGUGCGAAAAGCUUUUCACAGCAAACAUAUUUGAAUGCUCACUUUAAAAGUCAUACAACAGAAAUGCAGUUUACCUGUGGAACUUGUGGCGAAUCUUUCAGCAGUAUGAGGGACCUGGAAAAGCAUAUGGAAAUAAUCCACAUCAGUGCAACGCCUUAUUCAGCAGCACCUGUGGACAGAGAUUCUCUCGAAAUUCAGAGUUAGCUAGGCACAUUCAUGCUCACACAAGUGAAAUGUUCUGUGAUCUAUGUGGGGCUUCAUUUGAAUGUUUGCUUUGGAAAAAAAGUGUCAGGUGUUAACAGUUUCCAUGAGAAAAUCUUCCCCUGAAAAGCAAUGAUCUUGAGAGAUCUGCAGAAAACAUUCUUGUUAUUUGACAGAGUAAGCAAUUGUGGCUCAAACCUUUGUAUUUCAGCCACGUCGCUG